GCAGCGACGCGCGGUUCCUCGGCUCUUCAUGGGCGCCGCUGCCGGUGCUCCUUAGGCGGGCGGGCGGGCGGGCGGGCGGGCGCCCGGCUCCCGUCAUGGCCAAAUGGCUGAAUAAGUACUUCAGCCUGGGCAACAACAAGACCAAGAGCCCCCCGCAGCCGCCCCGGCCGGACUAUCGGGACAAGCGCAACGGGACGGCGGUGGCGGGCGGAGGUGGAGGCGGCGGCGGCGGCGGCGGGCACAACCACAACCACCAUCACCACACGUCGCCUUGCUUCCCGCGCCACGACACCAGCGACCUGCUCCGCGCCUACCGGGCGCAGAAGGAGCGCGACUUCGAGGACCCUUACAGCGGACCGGGCUCGUCGCUGCGCAAGCUGCGGGCUCUCUGCCGCGCCGAGUACUGCGCGCCCGAGGAGCUGCUGGGCGAGCCGGCCGGCCCCAAGCCCUUCUCUUCGGCGUCCUGUUGCGGCGGGAGCGGCAACGCAGCCACGGCCGCCGCCACCGCCGCCUCGGCUUCGCCUCAGCUCUUCCGCAGCCAGAGCGAGCGGCGAGCCGCCACCCCGCCCGACAACGGGGCCGUCAAGUACAUCUCCCCCAAGCACCGGCUGAUCAAGAUCGAGAGCAACGAAGCCGGCAAGGCGGCGGGGGGCGGCGGCGCCCCAAUCACCUGGAGCCCGCCCAGCGGCGCCGGAGCCGGCCAGAAGAAGCUCAACAAGUGCGCGGAGCCGGCGGAAGGCACCGGCGGCUCAGGCACCAAGAAGGAGAAAGUCCUAAUAGCAGAUGAUUACUCUGACCCAUUUGAUGCCAAAAGUGAGGGAAACAAGACAGGCAAAGGAGAAAACACUGGCUAUAUGGAACCAUAUGAAGCCCAGAGGAUUAUGACAGAAUUCCAGAGGCAAGACAGCGUGAAGACCCAGCCGAAAGAUAUCCAGCUGUACGACACACCUUAUGAACCUGAAGGCAAUGGCGUGGAGUCAGAUUCUGAAAGUGUAGUGAGUCAGCGCUUGAGAGAGAGCAAGUUACCACAAGACGACGACAGGCCUGCGGAUGAAUACGACCAGCCGUGGGAGUGGAACAAGGUCACCAUUCCAGCUUUAGCAGCUCAGUUCAACGGGGGAGACAUGAGGCAGUCUUCCCCUUCCCCUUCCAGCGAUCGGCGUUGGCAGCUCCGAGCACCAGGAGGAGGCUUCAAGCCCAUCAAACACGGCAGCCCCGAGUUCUGUGGGAUCCUCGGGGAGCGAGUGGACCCAACCAUCCCACUGGAAAAACAAAUAUGGUAUCAUGGGGCAAUAAGUCGGACAGAUGCAGAAAACCUGUUGCGGUUAUGUAAAGAAUGUAGCUAUCUAGUGAGGAACAGUCAAACCAGCAAGCACGACUAUUCUCUUUCAUUAAAGAGCAACCAAGGGUUUAUGCACAUGAAGCUGACGAAAACCAAAGAGAAGUACAUUUUAGGCCAGAACAGCCCUCCGUUUGACAGCGUCCCGGAAGUGAUACAUUACUACACUGCGAAAAAGCUCCCAAUCAAAGGAGCAGAACACUUGUCGCUCCUGUACCCCGUGGCUGUCCGGACCUUAUAAUUGCUCUGACCGUGCUCCUUCCUGUGGAUUGGAGACCAUGGAUGAGGGAUGUGGCAGCAGGAUUGCCCCUGCGAUGUCCGUGACUGUGUCUCACAAUGGAAACGCCAACUUCUGCCUUUCCAGUAGCCUGCGGCGGGUGUCAGCAGAAUGAUGGAACAGUCAUUAAGAACGGAACCCUUGCACUACUUUGCAUGUCCUUUGUGGGACUGGGUUUCUAUUUACACGAGAGGCAGUCAGAGUGCGUUCAGAAAGCGGAGAAAUGGAUCCUCUUCAAGGACUCCCCACCCUUCCGCGAAUGGAAACAUUGCCAAACACAAAGAAUGGCCUUUGAAAUUUGCCCGUUGCCUGUCA